AUGGAGAGGGAGAUUGUUGCAGAGUAUGAGAUUAACGAGAUAGAUGACACACUGCAUGGCUCUGUUGGGAGCAGGCUCACCCUGUUCGCUAGGGAGCUCAAGUGGAGAAGCAGCAGCUGGCAUGGCAGCAGCGCCCUGAGGCUCCCAACGAAUUGCUAUGGCGGCAGGUUUGUCAUAGACCCUAAUGGAAGAUGGUACAGGAUGUGGUCGAACAUGAUGUUCCUGUGGUCCAUCUACUCCGUCUUCUACACCCCCUUCGCCUUCUGCUUCUUUCGGGGCCUCCCCGAGCAUCUGCUGGACCUCGAGUGCGCGCAGCUCAUCUUCCUCGCCGACGUUGCCGUCCACUUCUUCCUCGCAUACCGGGAUCCUCACACCCACAGGGUGGUCUACGACAAGCAGAGGAUCGCCCUACGUUACAUCAAAGGCAGCUUCGCUCUAGAUAUGCUCGGAUGCUUCCCCUGGGACGCCAUCUACAAGUUUACAGGAAGGAUGGAGAUGGUGAGGUACCUGGUGUGGCUCCGGCUGUAUAGAGCAAGGAAGAUCCAGGGCUUCUUCAAGAAGAUGGAGAAGGACAUCCGCAUCAGCUACCUCUUCACGCGGAUCGUGAAGCUGGUCACCGUCGAGCUCUACUGCACCCACACCGCCGCCUGUAUCUUCUAUUACCUCGCCACCACGCUGCCGCCGGCACACGAAGGGGGCACUUGGAUCGGGAGCCUCACCAUGGGUGACCGCAGCUACAGCAACUUCAGACAUGUCGACCUGCUCACCCGCUACAUCACCUCUCUCUACCUCGCCAUCGUCACCAUGGCAACAGUCGGUUACGGCGAUAUACAUGCGGUGAACACGAGGGAGAUGGUGUUCAUCGUGGUGUACGUCUCCUUCGACAUGCUGCUUGGCGCGUACCUCAUCGGGAACAUGACCGCGCUCAUUGUCAAGGGCUCCAGGACUGAGCGCUUCCGGGACAAGAUGACGGAGCUCACCAGGUACAUGAACAGGAACAAGCUGGGCAGCGACAUCAGGUCCCAGGUGAAGGCGCACCUGGUGCUGCAGUACGAGAGCAGCUACAGGAGAGACAGGAUCAUCGACGACGACAUACCGGUCGCAAUCCGGUCCAAGACACUGUACAUGGACAUAGUUUCAAAGGUGCACCUGUUCAAAGGAUGCUCAGAGGACUUCCUGAGCCAGAUUGUGGUAAAAUUGCAUGAAGAAUUCUUCCUCCCUGGGGAAGUUAUUUUGGAGCAAGGCACCGUGGUGGAUCAGAUAUACAUCGUGGCACAUGGAUGCCUGGAAGAGAUCGGCAUCGGAGAAGGUGAGUCGGAAAUGAUCAUCUCAGAACUGCUUCCCUACGACAUAGUCGGCGAUGUCGCGGUGAUCUGCAACACUCCACAGCCAUACACAAUUAGAGUCUGUGAACUCUGCCGCCUCUUGAGAAUUGACAAGCAGUCCCUGACUAGCAUCUUGCAAAUGUACUUCAAGGAUAGCCGUCAGAUAAUGAGCAACCUACUCAAGGGAAAAAGAACUGAGUCAAAGGGGAAACAAUUGGAAUCCAAUAUCACAUACCUGAUAGCAAAGCAAGAGGCAGACCAGGUCAUUGGAGUCAACAAUGCUGCCUACCAUGGAGACUUGUUUCGGUUAAAAGGCUUGAUCAGAGCAGGAGCAGAUCCGAGUAAACCGGAUUACGACGGGAGGACUGCAUUGCAUGUUGCUGCAUCAAGAGGAUAUGAAGAUAUCAUCAGGGUCCUGAUCCAACGAGGAGCAAACGUCAACAGCAUAGAUAAGUUUGGAAAUUCGCCGCUGCUGACAGCGGUGAAAUGCGGGCACGACAGGAUCAUCUCGCUCCUGGUCGCGCACGGCGCAGCCCUGAAUCUGGAGGACGCAGGAGGCUACCUGUGCAGGGUGGUCGCCGAAGGCAAGAUCGACCUACUGCGGAGGCUGCUCAGAUUCGGGGUAGACCCCAACUGCAGGAACUACGACCGGAGAACGCCGCUCCACGUCGCCGCCGGAGACGGCCUGCCACUCGUCGCUAGCAUGCUGGUGGAGCUCGGGGCCGACGUCAUGGCCAGGGAUAGGUGGGGGAACACGCCGCUCGAUGAAGCGCGCAGGUGCAGCAGCAAGCCGCUGAUCAGGAUCCUGGAGCAGGCUAGAGCUGCUGUUGCAGCCGAUCAGUAG